CAGCAGAGUGAGAUGUGAUGUGAGGGGGAGCGUUUAGCUCAGUUCAGCUCUGUCUGCCUUGUCAUUCUCUUCAGACAGCCGGGGGGAAGUGAGAUGAAGGAACACUGACACUCCAGACACUCACGGAGGAGAGGAGAGACAGAGACAGAGACAGAGACAGCUUUCAACACGUAGAGAACUCUGGAAGACUUCUGACACCAACACUGAGACCGACGGUCACUUACUGACUCAUCCUACUGUUGGCUGGGUCAUUUUCUUUUUUAUUCAGUGAGGCAAGACGAUUCUUCCACAGCCAAGGAGUGAUGUCAACACUGGACCAGGAUGUCAGGAUAGUGUGGGACUAAAUGGUUAAUGGAAGAGGAGUAAGCGGAAUUGCUUGAUUGCAGAACUGAGCACUCACAGAAGACUGACUCGUCUUCUCUUGUUUGACGUGUAGAUUUCAUCUCAGACAAGUCAUCUCAGUGUAGUUUUUCUGUCAUCUCAGACAAGUCAUCUCAGUGUAGUUUUUCUCUGUCAUCUCAGACAAGUCAUCUCAGUGUAGUUUUUCUGUCAUCUCAGACAAGUCAUCUCAGUGUAGUUUUUUCUGUCAUCUCAGACAAGCCAUCUCAGUGUAGUUUUUCUGUCAUCUCAGACAAGCCAUCUCAGUGUGGAUCAGGACCAUGAAUGUUCUACCUAACCCCAUGACCAGGGCCCAUCAGGAGCAGCCUCUCCCUCUCUGCUCCCAGGGGGCCCACCGCCAGGACUUCUCCUCCAGGUGUUCUCUAGGGCUUGGUGCUGGUCAUGGGGGCAGGCUUAGGGCCAUGGGGGGGCCUCUGGGGCCCCAGAGACCAGGCAAGUCACCGCGGGAGCUGAGCCCUGAGGAGCAGCAGGAUCUAAGGAGGAAGAUCAACAGCCGGGAGAGGAAGAGGAUGCAGGACCUGAACGUCGCCAUGGACGCUCUGAGGGAGGUGAUGGUGCCUUACGCCUCCUCCUCUCCUUCCUCCUCAUCCUCCUCCCAGGGGCCACACUCCCACCAGCAGCAGCCAGGGGCCCCACCUGGACGCAGGCUCUCCAAGAUCUCCACCUUGGUCCUGGCCCGUGACUACAUUCUCCUCCUGGGCUCGUCUCUACAGGAGAUGCGCCGGCUCCUGGGGGAGGUGAGUGUCGGGGUAGGGGUGAACACGGGGCCUGUCCCCAGGCUGCUCCUGGCCGGGGGUUGGCCCCUCCUCACCGGUCCCAGUCAGCUUCUCCUCUCCCCAGAAUCUCUCCUGACCUCAGUCUCCUCCUCCUCCAAGUGUCCUCUCUUGCCUCCUGGCCACUUGGAGGGCCCCAUGGCCCCGGUGCAGUGGGGCUCAGCUGGGGCUCCUGGUGGUCCACUCUGCCCCUGUGUGGUGUGCAGCCACCCCAGCCCUGGACCCAGGUUCCCCAAGUGAAGCCUGGCUGGGACCAACUCUCAUGUGUUCUUCUGAUCUGCUACAAUGACAGAUUCUUCUGAGCGGAUGGACUUCUGGUUAUGGUUUAUAAUCUUUUUCUGAAGAUAUGACAUGUCAUUUUUUUGAAUGAAUAUUUUCUUUCUUAUGUCUGACUAAUUCAAUGAUAACUUUGUUGUAAUGGACCUUGUCCAUUAGGUUUUUAUUAAUCUCUCGUGGACAGAUGAAUCUGUCAAGGCUCAUGUAUAAUUAUGUGAUACGAGCAGCAGUAGUUCCUAGUUUGGGGUUUUUGCUGUUAAUUAUUUGGACAAAUGAGGAUUAGGCGAAGGUGGUGCUAAAACGGGUGUAGUGAUUUUCAAGCCCGUGUGCGGAUGAAAAACAGUUUCCACAGACACAAAAUCAAAAUUGUUUGUAUCGUAAAAAUGUAUGAAAACUAAAAUAGGCUUUUUGGGCAUGAUAAACACGGGUGAAAUUCGCAGAAGGGAGGGGUUUAGCCGAGAGGGAGGAGACAUCACUUCCUUCCCUUAAACAAAUGUUAACGGCAUUUCCCCGAAGUAAAACAGGAAAUGAUAAACUUUCACAACAUACUUUUACUUCUGGGUUACCGAGAUUCGUUUUUUUUAUUGGUGACUGUGGUCAGUAAAAGUCAAUGUAUUUUCGAUUUUAUGAACAAAUUCUAUUUUAUAUGAUAAUAUGUGAAGAUACGUGUAAGUUCUAACACAGAAAAUAAAUAGAAAUUUACUGUU